UGCAGAAGUGAAACAGCCGUAGUCGCAAACAGAAGCAUAACAUCUAGAAGCGAUAGGAAUUUUGUACUUUUAUACAGCGCCACAAAGAAGCCACAGAAUGACCGAUCUGCGCAACGAGAUGGACAGCGAUCUGGACCAGAACUACUCCCUAAACAGCAAUGCAGACCCAAAGAACAUGCAGGAGCUUACCAUUUACGUACAAAAUCUGUUGCAGAACGUUCAAGACAAGUUUCAGACGAUGUCCGACCAGAUAAUAACGCGCAUCGAUGACAUGGGUAACCGCAUCGACGAUCUGGAGAAGAGCAUUGCGGAUUUGAUGAACCAGGCUGGGAUCGAGGGACAGGGACCGGAGAAAUGAGACCCGUAGAGCUGGUUCAGCCACGCCCAUUUGCAAUCUACAUCCCAAGCUCAUACAUCGAACUCCUGGCACCCAAUCACCCAAAUCAAGUUUACAAUUCCAGGCUCUCACAUUCAUUUAAUCUCCUCCGCACCCAGUUGCUCUGUAAAACACAUUUGCUCAUCAUCUGUUUAUUACAUAGUUUUAAGUUUCUCCCACUCGCGGGGUUCAUCAUAAUUUAAGUAAAGUAAUUCUUUCUUGUGAGCAAUGGCCAAUAAUUUUGAAUUAUUGCCGUUUAGUUUCUACUUAUAAAUUAAAAUUCGAGAAUUGUAA